AUGGACUCGUCUACAAAUAUUACGACUUUCGUGGCUAACAUCGCCGAGCCAAAUGCCUCUACUCCAGUACGGGUAGAGUCAUUGCCGCACUUCUAUAAGGCUCUCAUCGAAUACGCAACCACGUCCUGUCGCCUUUUUAAUAUCCAGGAAAUAAAUGAAUGGCAGGAGUUUUCGGCCGAUCAUUUGGAUGAAUGCCGUAAUGCAACAGCACUUGAAUUGUGCACCAUAUUUGUACGCGAUGUGCUACCCAACAUUAAAUCCUAUAAAUUGGAAGAGAGUACGAAAAAUCAACUGAAACUUUUAGACCUGCAUCCCGGAUUCCGAAGCGUACCACAGGGCUACGAAUUAGUGCCGGCUAAAGAACAUCAGUUAUCUGAACAGAUCCUUUUGGUGCCACAAAAGGAUUUUAGUGUUACAAGUCACGUAACCAACACAAUUGUAAUGGAGGAUUCCUUUUCACUCCACACGCCAAGAGGGUUGUCCCACACAAUACUCGUGGAGAGCAAUAAGCCAAUUGACCAAAAAUUUGGUUUUAGCAAAGAAAUUGCUGCACUGCUCUCGGCCAUAGUUUCAACGGAUGCGGAACUCUCUGCUGCCCAACUGCUCGAACCCGAUAUCAUUAAAGCCCGUUUGCAAAGCGCAAAGCAGGCCUUUGCAGCCACUGGUAAUCUGGCUCCCUACCGCCCUGACCUAAUCGCUCUGAAAACUUAUCUGCAAAAAUUUGUGCAACUCAGGAAGGCUAUUGCUAAAGUGUUAGCUAAACGGGAUUUUUAAAAGAAUUAUUUUGUUUACGUUUUAACAUACUAGGUACUCUAAUUCAUAUUCUCAUUGUACUGUUUUAAA